UGGAUUCGGUGAGCAUGGAGGUUUAAAGUUUUACAAUAGUUCAAAAGUGUACGGAACAUAGAAAUAUACACUAUUUCAUUGUUGUUUCAUCAAAAAACCAUCUGUUAAUAAGUGGCAUAUUUUUCGGAAUCGGUUAAUUGAUGUUGCUUUGUAGCCUCCAACUCAAUAUAGUAUGAUUGUAAGGAAAAAGUGGCGAAAUGAUGUGCUUGUAAAUAGUGGCUCUUUGUAGAGCCGAAUUUCGGGGGUUUAGUUUGAGUUUUGUAAAUAUUUUAUACACAGUUUGCAGGGAAAACUGACGAAGAAUAAGAAUAUCGAAGAAUCAAACCGAGAAAAAUUACAGGAUCGGCGAAAUACGAUAACAAGUGCGACAAGAAUAAAACGGUCUGCCAUUUUUGCAACAGACUAUCGAACGAUUUCAGAGACCAUAUGUGCAAUUGAUCUACGGGUAUAAUACUAACUCAAAUCAUAUCCAGAAAUUAUUGAAGCUGCGGCAUUGUAUUAAUGUCACUGCAAAACUACAUCCCGACACCCAGUCUACAGUAUCAGAGUGCGUUCUCCAGUAUCAAGAAACGAAAAAUUGAAACCGAUUAUGGACAUUUAACUGCAAAUAUAAACCAUGUGAAUACAGUACCGAUCUUACCGAAUAACAUAGCACAUAAUUUUACAGAAAACGGGUAUGACCUGUCGACCCUCGGACCUCACUUCCUCAGUAUGCCACAAGCAACCACAGUCCGAGGUGGAAAUAAACUUAUGGACUCUUACAAUAGAGUCGGUCUUAAGAGGAAAAGCGAAGACAUUGAUGCUCCCGUAGUUGUGGAGCAUCAUGCUAUAUCAAGUGGGGAGGAUGACAAUGCAAACACGACAACAUCAAAGAACACAAACUCAUCAAAUAAUGAUGGAGAUUAUAAUCUGGUCCAACAUGAGGUCUUGUAUUCUAUGACCACAGCCUAUGAGGUGUUGGAAUUCUUAGGGAGAGGGACUUUUGGCCAAGUGGUCAAAUGCUGGAAAAAAGGCACCAACGAGAUUGUAGCUAUUAAAAUUCUGAAAAAUCACCCAUCGUAUGCCCGUCAAGGACAAAUUGAAGUCUCGAUUUUAUCCCGGUUAAGUCAAGAAAGCGCAGAUGAAUUUAAUUUUGUUCGGGCGUAUGAAUGUUUCCAGCAUAAAAACCAUACAUGUUUGGUGUUUGAAAUGCUGGAGCAGAACCUCUAUGAUUUCUUAAAACAGAACAAGUUUCAGCCUCUCCCUUUGAAAUACAUCCGUCCUAUUACACACCAAGUCCUCACUGCACUGCUGAAAUUGAAAAAUCUUGGACUUAUACAUGCUGAUCUUAAACCUGAGAAUAUAAUGCUCGUUGAGCCGACGAGGUUUCCGUAUCGGGUGAAGGUGAUUGACUUUGGAUCAGCAAGCCAUGUUUCUAAAGCUGUCUGUUCGACCUACCUCCAAUCAAGAUACUACAGAGCUCCAGAAAUUCUAUUAGGGUUGCCAUUUUGUGAAGCCAUAGAUAUGUGGUCAUUAGGGUGCGUCAUCGCAGAGCUGUUCCUCGGCUGGCCACUUUACCCAGGAUCCUCAGAGUACGAUCAGAUCCGAUAUGUGGCCCAGACACAGGGUUUACCAUCAGAACAUAUGCUCAGCUCAGCAACAAAAACGACGCGAUUUUUCAACCGAGAGAGUACAGAUAGCAAUUAUCCGUUCUGGAGAUUAAAGAGUCCUGAGGAACAUGAAGCAGAGACAAAAGUGAAGUCCAAAGAGGCCAGAAAGUAUAUCUUCAACUGUCUGGAUGAUAUGGCGCAGAUCAAUGUGCCGACAGACUUGGAGGGCAGCGAGCUCAUGUCUGAGAAAGUGGACAGACGAGAGUUUAUAGACCUCCUUAAAAGGAUGUUGACCUUAGACCAGGAGAGACGUAUCACACCAGGCGAAGCAUUGAAUCAUCCUUUCAUCUCACUGGCUCAUUUAGUAGACUAUGCCCAUACCAAUCUAGUAAAGCAGUCUGUACAGAACAUGGACGUAUGUAAGAGAGCCAAGUCAUCUAUCUAUGACAUCAACCAGAACCCUGGCAACAUGAUGAACUUUGGAGCCCCGACGACCACCAAUAUCACACUGUUUAACAACCAAUUGAACGCUAUUCAAAGUCAGUUGCCCACACAGACAUUAACAAGUAGUAUUGGGGCCAACAAUCCUCCCACAGAUAUACCAUACUUGCAAUAUCAGCUCCAGACAGCUCCGUAUAUACCAUAUCCAACCCAACGGCUCGCACAGACACAAUUUCAACAGCCACGGACAGGGGCCCAGUUUACGAGAACUGACCCAUUUCAGCAGUCUCUUGUCCCGUCAUUCAUUCUGCCAUCAGCAUUACAAGGUAUUAGCUCUCCCAACAAACAUGCUUACUCCCUAAGAGUGGAGAAUGGUGUUCCCAUGGUUACGCAGCCUCCCCAGACACUGCAGUUGCAACCUCAGAUCAUUACACAGCAAGUCCCCACACAACAGUUCUUGCCUGUGUCUAUGAUUGAGCCAACAGGACGUCAGAUGCUUGUCACAAAUGCACCAAUCACGACCUUUCCGUCACAGCGACAGGUUCUUGUACCUUCAUGGCAACAGAUUCCGGCAUUGUCCGCACACAGGCAGAUCCAGCCGCAAUUGGUCCCCGAGACAUUGGCGGCAUCCACUACUUUACCAGAGUCGUGGCGACGUUCACUUAUAGUCGAUAAUUUCGAUCAGGGCUCAACAGUUUUUCCAGUGGAUCUUGGAGAUGGAAGAGUAUAUGAAACUUUCGUCGAACGUGCUCCUCAUCACAUCCCCAGUUCACGGGUAUCAACCAAUAUUACGUCAAUUGUGCCUCAGUCUUCUACCAGUCAGACAUGGGGGGUCGGGGUUGCCCCACCCCCUUUAGUCCUCACCCGGCAACCCAGCCAGGGGAGUAACAGCAAUAAACGUAACAGCAACAAACAAAAGUAUGUCAAAGAAAGCACCAGUCAAUCGUCACCAGUGAAGAAGCGGGUGAAGGAAAACACCCCGCCCCACACAGUUACAUCACAAACGGCUCACAGUGAGUCUUCAUCAAAGGCUCGUUGGGUGAACGGAGGUCAGGAGAGGUCAAAGGUUAAGACUCCUGAUGAGGCAUAUAACACUCAGAGGCAAACUAUAGUCAUACCUGAUACUCCUAGUCCGGCAGUUAGUGUUAUAACCAUCAGUUCUGAUAGUGAAGAGGAGCCAGAUUCAAAACCAAAAGGGUGUAAGCCUGACUGCCAAGCAUGCAAUGAGAACAUGACUCACUCAUGCUCCAUCAGCAGUGACGACAUCCUCAGUAGCAGCCCAGAGUCUGCCGACAGUCUGGACAACUACACAACCAGAACCAAAGGAUCACCAAGGGGACGGAGGAACAUCGUUAGUUGUGUAACAGUCCAGGAUUCCCUUGAUUCUGAUUCUGAAAAUGAUCAAGAUUUGGCCAAUCAUAAUUCCCAAUUUACACCAAUCAAGCAGGAAGUGACAUCCCAGGAUGAUGAAAUUGAAGGUCACACAGAUGAAUAUAAUCAGGAACUUGAGUUGCCAAGGCGACGUGGCCUUGCACGAGAAUUAAUGGCCGCACCUCCAGAUUUGAUCAAUGACGCUUUAAAUACACAGCAUUCACGUAAAUUAGGCAAUGCUAACAUUCCACAUAGGCAGGUGUCGUCAAGCUCUUCAAAACGAUAUGAACGUAGAGAUUCCACGUCCAAACGUAAUAUUUCAAAAUUAUCAGAGAUGGACCAGGGAUUCCGGAAUAUUCCACAAAGAUCCAUGGGCAUGCCCAAUACGACCUCUACGUACAAAUUACAGAAGAGCCGACCCAGCACAUUAAACUUGUCCACGCACAAAAAUGGUCAUAAUAGGAAUCACGAGCCUCAUUCUGGAAAUAGCAAACGGUCUCCUCCAGUUCAUCAACAGCUCACUGUGGAAACGUCAAGGCAUCAAGUUAGCCAGUAUUCUAACAGCCCAGCAGCACAGAGGUACAUGGUGCAGGCAGCAGCCGCCCACCAGACACAGCCCCUUCAGUUAGCCACUGGGGCCCCACACGGAGCAUUUGGUCCAUUUUCCCCUGGGGGGAUUACAGGAGUACCUCCACCAGCUCACCAGAGCCCAAGGCACGUGCAUUAUACCACACACCCACUGCCAGCUCAUAUACACCCAGUGCUGCAGUCACCUAGUAUUCCAGCUGCAUCCUUCCAUCAGGUACACCCACAGUUUGCUGCCCCUGCUGCAUAUAUCAGCUCCCCGACAGGCCCCCCUGUUUACGCAACAUAUCCCCUCAGCCCCACCAAGACUCGCCAAUAUCAAUACCUGUAUCAGACCUUCUCUGGGCAGUGAGGUCACUCUAUAGUCAACACUGAAGGGAUGACAGAAAAUGCACAAGUCUGUUGUAUGAAUACACUUCAAUAAAGUGUGGGGCUUACACUUUGUAGAACAAGGAGUGUGGGGUUCACACAUCUGAGAACAAGGAUGAAUAUUGAGGCACAGUGAUAUUAAAGUGCUGAAAAGGAUCUGAAUAGAUCACAAGAAAGUAUUAUGAUUUAUGACACGGGUGUCAAAUGACACAAACACACAAGUGUCUCACGACAUGUGUGUCCGAUGAAUUUCUACUUCUGUUAACAGAAGUAAUGUGUAUAUUUAUGGUACAUGAAUGGAAUUUUAGUGCGAUUUCUGAAUGUUAUGAAAUGAUUUUAUUGAUGCGUGCAUGAUGAUGUAUCAAAACAAUUUUAGUAUUUUAUUCGCCAAUAUGGCAAAGAACAUGUAUUUCUUGUAUAUUAUUGGGCUGAAAACCUUGGAAUUUGCAUUUGAAUGCUUUUUAAAGAGAUGGUCACAGAAGACAUGUUCAAAUUGGACUAUAUACAAUAUUGCUUUGCUUUUCAAGAAUGAAUUAUGGAUUACAGGGUAUCCAAGAAAUAGAAGAUUGGGAAAUUUCAGCAUCUGUUCAACUAUUUCUUGGUCACCCUGUAGGUUAAUGUCUUAUGGGAUCAUCCGGAAUAUAUACUUAACAUUUUGACUAUUUUAGAUUGUUAUUAUAAUUCUUAUGUUGUGCGAGUGCAUGGUUUUAUUUAAAAUGUUUUUAUUAUGAAUUUAACUUUGAAUCAUUAUUAUACUAUAAUCAAUGGAUAACUCAUUGAAUGGGCACAUGUUUAUCACUGUACAUUUUGUCCUCAUACAUGUAGUGCAUGGGUGUGAUUCAUGUAGGUAGGUGUAUUAUAUAUAUAUAUAAAUCCAUAUUACAUUAGUUGAAUGUAUUAUAUAAUGUACAGAUAUAGAUUGUACAGAUAAUUCAUGUAUUAUUUUCUUAUGUACUAAUCUAGUAUAUAUUGUCAUCUAUGAAAUAGGUGGAUUGUAUUAUAUUAUAUUUAGAAUUAUAUUUACAUAUACACAUAGUACUAUAUUAUAUAAUCAUUGGAGAAGUGAAUUCACUAUGGAUAGCUAAUUCACGGUAGAUAGAUAGUGAAUUCAGUACAGAUGGUUAACUAAAGGAUGUGCUUGGUACUUUAUAUACUGAAAUCUGUAUAUGUGAAGAGAAAGUGACCUAGAUGGGAUGACAAAUGUUGAGAUGAUUUUACAUUUUAUUUGUAAAACCUUACAUAGCUUUGACUUUUGUCAAAAUGGGAAAGGAAGGCAGCAUGCUAGAAAGGGUUAACACAAUCAGCUACCCCGGAUGUGAAAGGGUUAAAAAGCCAGUAUGUACAGAAACUUUGAUAUUUGCCUUGCGCAGAUCACUGUUGCUCAAACACUAACAGAUGCCAAUUAAACAUAGACAUUAUUAUAAACAGUACAUACCAUAUUCAUUAUAAUCAAGCCAAUGUAAAUUCAAUUCAUAUUAUUUAAAUAUCUCUUGCAGUAUUUCAUAAUUAAACAAAAUAAUUAACCAGAGUGGUUUCAUUUUCGAUUUUCACUGAAGUUCAUUUAUUUAAUAUUGCAUACAUUAUUAGAAGUUGAGUUUAACAUUCCAUUCGGCUUAAGUUUUGUAUUAAUAACCACAUUUUUUUUAUUGCUAUCAUAAUGAUUUUGAAUUUCACCUUAUUAGGCGCUGUUUAACAUCCGAGGAAAUUUGUUUUGAAAGGGCGGUACAAUUACUAAAUUCAACACAUUUGUUUCACAUCAUUGUAAUUGUCAACAAGGGAAACAUUGAAUUAAUAUUCACUGUCCUUGUGAUAUCUAUGUGUGUUGUAUAUUCCUAUCUACUUUUAGUGUUAUACAAUCAUAAAUGUUGUAUAUUCAAGAAAUUGUGAUUUUAAGCCUAAAAUGAAACACCAUAGUAUAUAAUGGUAAUACCAUAUUAUAUAAUGGAAAUAUGUGGAGGUAUUAAAUGUGAAUGGAGGAGAACUUUAUUUUCAAUUAAGGAUAAUUCCAGAAAAACAACAAUAUUUCAGGUGUUUGGGAGCUUUAUUAUAUAACAUUUGCAAUAUUAAGUGGAAAAAGAUAUUAAACAGCUAGUGAGAUUUAAUCAGGAAAUUAGUCGAAUCUCAAGGAAAAAGAAUCAAAUUAUCAAUUAUGUCAACUAAUGCAGUGUAAAUUCUAUAGUAUUGUUGAAAUUUUAUCAAUAAAUUAAUUAGAAUAUAAGAGUGCCGUAAGAUAAUAUCAAAGAAAUUGUACAGAAUGUAAUAUAGUAAAGAUUAAAGAAGGGUUGCAUAGACUUGUAGAUUUGAUGCAGGAAGUAGGGGCGACUAUAUUUUUCUCAUUUAAUCUCUCAUUUAAUGCCAAAGAUAGUCAGUCAUACAUAAUCUAGAGUGAGAAACAAAAAGCCAUGAACUUGUAGAGAACAAAUACACAAAUAUACCAAUAAAUGUUGAUAUUGGAACUUGAAUAUAAACUUAUUUAUACAAUGAAUUGUGGAUGUGGAGACUUUAAUUUUGGUGAAUCAGCUAUAUAUAUAUUCGAGUGGUGCUUAUAACAAAUACACAAAUGACCUCAUGUAGUUUUUGCUUGAAAUUGUAAAGAAAUAAUAAAUUGGGGAUAUAUAUUUUGCAUGCAUUAUACCCACCACUUUAUGUUAGCUAGUAUAACAAUGUUCUGCAGUAUAACUGAAAUGGUACCUAAUUUGGAGAUACCAUUUUCAUACAUCAUGUACUGGGUUAAGUACAAUUCGGUAGUUCAGCAUUGUACAAUUUGGUAUUUAGUAUUGAGUAAAUUUUGUAAGUUUUAGUAUGGUUUAAAUUUUUGAGUUUAUGGUACUCCUUCAAAUCAGGUGACCAUUUCACUCUUUGGUGAUUCAUAUGGUAAUUUGUAUUAUAUUUCUAUAUAUCUAUUAACUAUAUGUAUAUAUAUUGUUCAUCUGAAUGCAUUAUAAAGGCAUAUCACAAUUAUCUGAAAUGUACUGCUUUAUUUUUCUUAAGACCCAUGACAUUGGGUUAUUUGUUUAUGGAGUGGGACAAGCGAUAAAUUUAUCCGCAUCAUCAAAUCACAUUUAUGCAUCACAGUCAUGUCGCACAAAAUUUAAAAUGCAUUUUGCCACAUAUGUCACGAGUGUCACGUCACGCAAAAUAACAUAAAAUGCAUUUUGUUUUUACUAUGAACAUUUUUUGAGCACAGAUUUUAUGAUGUAGGUAAACAUAACUAGACGUAGACUUCCACGUGAACAUAUACUACAUACAUACUGUACAUGUAAUUAAUCACGAGCUCUACACAUGUAUUUUGUUUUUAUUAGCAAUUAGAAUGUCUGCAUAUAUUUGGAUGUUGUAUUAUAGAAAAUAUUAAUUCUGGGCCAAGCUGUGUAUUAUGAUCUCAAGAGAAUGUAUAAUGAUUGUAUAGAUAAUGCAGUAUAUAUAGAUGUGUAUGUAGUAGGAAAUAAUCAAUGAGAUGGAGCAAUACUUUUUCAUAUGUACAAGAAAGAAUUUCUGGUGUUUGUGACAAUGCUGUAUGAGUUUGAAUUGAUUAGAACAAAUAUGGAUAUGGUCAUUAUUUGAAAAAUUAAGGUGUUAUAUAGAAAAAAGUUGAGGAUUUUUAUAAUCAUAUUUAAUAUCUAAGCACAUUUUCUAAUCACUUCCAGAGUUUAGUCUUCAUCCUUUUCUAAGUCAGUCUUUAAAUGGGUAUUAAAAACCUGAUCUGUUCCCAUUGCUUUUGUUGCAGGAUCCUCCCAUUGAAAUUGUGUUCUGAUUUCCAUAUUUAUGGAUUUCUUAAGAAGGUUUAAUAUUUUUAAGUUUAAUUAAUGAACAUAAGAACCUCAUGGUAUACAGGGUAUAUGCUCUACUGAUUUUGUCUUGCUCCAUCUCAGGCAGCCAUAUUGGAACCAUGCACUGAAGUAGGGGCAGUAACAUCGUACAUGGAAUUUCAGUGUGUCUGUCUAUUAAUGCCUUGGCUGUCUGAAAACAUGCAUUAUUUAGGGGGAGAAACUGAAUCAAAUCGUGCAGCUAAUACAAUAUGUAUCAGACAGCCAAGUGUGUUUAUUUUGAAUGUUUGUAGAUAGCUUGGGUAAUGGGUUGUACUUAUAUGACACACUGUCAACUAUAUCCUUGGAUUUUAGUGACACUGUCAACAGUACACUUUGUUGCAAUUGGCACUGUCAUCAAUAGACACUGUAACUGUUGGCACUGUCAACAAUAUCCUUGGUUUCUAGUGGCACUGUCAUCAGUACACCUGGUAACUGUUGGUAGUUUCAACAGUAUCUAUGGGUGCUAGUGGCACUGUCAACAUAUCCUUGGUGCCUAGUGCACACUGUCAACAGUACUUGUGGUUACUAAUGACACUGUCAUCUGUCACUGUCAACCUUUGGUUUCUAGUGGUAGUUUCAACAGUACACUUGGUUUCCGUUGGCGCUGUCAGCACGACAGCUAGCUGCUAGCAGCACUGUCAACAGCACAUUUGGUAGCUACUGGCACUGUCAACAUCAGCCUUGGUUGGUAGUUGCUUUGUAAACAGUACUCAAGAUUGUCAAUAGUACAUGUGGUUCCUAGUGGCACUGUCAAUAGUACUUUUGGUUUCUAGUCAGAAAAAAUUAGAAUUGUUAGCUAAUUAGUUUGAUUAAUCACCGUUGCCAUAGAUGUAAUAACAAACUUCUAAUGAAUUCAACAAAUCAAAAAAGAGAAUUACUAAUAGCCUAUAAACUUUUAUAAAACCUUAGCUUGAGGAAAGUAUUUUGAGAAAAGUAUAAUGAGCUAGCCUCCUUUUCUCCUUAAAAGUUUCAACCUUUUAAAGAUGCAUAUCUUUGCUUGAGGAGAGAUCCAUUAAGGGCAUCAUGCGUGCUCGAGCAAUUUAGUAUUUUUAUGCUCCUUGUUGCCAUGUGUUGCUAUGACAGCAUCACUUGGUUUUCGAUGUUUACAUCAUAGUUUUAAUGGAACUCUCCCAUAAAAAGGUUGAAAUGUUUAUUUUGUAAUUGUUGACCUCCAUGAGGAUCUAUGGAAUGAGGAAGAUUGAGUGAAUGAGGAAAAACAUUUUGUUUCCAGGCUAUUUAAUAACCCCAACUACACUUACCUCUUGUUUCUAGGCUGUUUAACAGUCCCAAAUAUGUGUCCUCUAGUCAGUUAUCAUUUUCACCACAUAAGACUCUAUCAAAUGACCUUGACUUAAAUAUAUUUGAAUAUAUAUUUCCAUUGUUCUAUACCUACAGCCACAGGGCUGUAAGACAUGUAUGAUGCAAUACCAUUUUAUGAAGUCAAAUUCGGGGAAUAUCUUUUUGUCUUGUUGAAUUCAUUAGAAUAUUGUGUAAUAUUGUAUAUUAUUGUGUUUAAUUUAGUUGGCUUAAGGUCCUUAACAGCUAAUCUUGUAUAGCUCAUCUUAGUACAUUCAUACAGUACAUUUAUAUAUCAUACAGUACUUAUUUUAGUCAAUAGGUGUCUCUUAAACUGCUCGACCAAAUAUGGUAUGUUAAUCCAAUAUGGCUUCCACUAUGGGUAAUAAUAGGAUAAGAAAACAGCAAAUGUUACUUUGAAAGCGUUGAUUUCAGAAAAACAUAAUGGUAUUUUUGUACAUUAUAUUAGGCAUUAGAGAUUUGAAUAUUUUUAUGUUUUUCUGAAAUGCAACAUUUAUACAUGUUCACCGGAGUUAAUUUUAGAAUUUCACUUGAAUUUAAAUCAAAUAUCGUGUAACAAUUUAACAGGUGAAGUGUGAACAAAAUUUUAAACAUGUAUGUUUUGGUGAAUAUUUCUAUAAAUUGAACACUUAUAUAUGGUGUGAGUGUAGUUUUUUGCCCUGUUUAAUAAGUGUGUGCAAUAAUGAUUCAACAGUGGCCCUUGAACACCUUGACUUAGGAUGAAAAACAUUUGGGAAAUAAAGAAUUUAAAAAAAAUAUACUUCAAGGUUUAAGGGAAGGUAUGAAGCUUUAAUAUUAAGCGAGAUGUGUUUUUUUAUCAUUGGGGUUUGGGUCAGUUUUGUUUGUUUUUCUGUAUAAGUCAGGGUGUGGGUACUUGUGAACACUUACAUAUUGUGAAGUGGUUAAAACACUAUUUUAUAAUUUAGGACUUUAAAGCUUGUUGGUCACUAUAAUAAUACAAACAUAGAUUUAACAUUAUAAGGGAUCAAAUGGAAUAAAAUUUGAAUUUUGAAUGACAUAUA